GCGCCCGGGGCCCCCGGGGAACUAUUCACAAGCGGGCUGAGCCAUAGAGCCAGCGGGAGAGGCCAGAGCGCCGCUUCCGCGAACCAUAGAGCUGCCUGCCGGGAGCUAGAGCGCCCCCCUCCUCAGCCAUUGGCACGGAGGCCGCCCUCUGCCCACGUCAUAGACACCAGGCCUGGAAGGCCGCCCGCUAGGCCGCGACCCCAAGGCUGCCCGGCCCCGCCCACCGACGUAGGUAGCUGCAGAGCGCUGCCCCUGCGCCCUGGGCGAGGCAGCCCCGUUUGGUAGACUCAGUGGUGCCAGCAGUGCAGUGGGCCUAAGGCGAGCUCCCUGGCUCCGGGGCAGAGGCCCAGGCAGGAGCUAGUCCAUGAGAGGAGCCACUUUAAAACCAGCUCCCCUGGCGGGCCAGCGGCCUGCCGCCCUGCCCUGUUGUUUCUGAUACUGAGGCGGCAGCAGGGCAAGUGUGAGCUCCCCGGUCUGGUGCAAGCUGGGAAUGAGCCAGGCUGCCUGCCUGGCUCCUAAUACACUUUAAAUACAGGGCUGCAGCGAGGGUAGGGCCUGGAUCCAGCGUGAACCAGGACUGAGCCAGGCUGCUGGCCAGCUUGCUAAAAAAUUAACUGGGGGGGGGCAGUCUAUAGCAUUAAUUUGUAAGAUUUUGCUGAUCAGUUAAUUGAUUAUAUUAUUAUAUCCCUAGUUGUCAUAGUGGGAUAUUCAGCUGCAUAGCCAUGCCUCUGCAUAGGAGCCUAAAGGAAAUGCCGGUUGCUUCCAGGAGCCACCUGGGGUAAACAGUGUCUAGAAUCUGCACCCCUCCCUUCUGCUGUACUCCCUCCCUCCCCCCACACACACACACCAAAACUCCCUCCCAGAGCUCUCACCCCAGCUCCUCAGUCCCAACCCAGAACCCACACCCUCAUUUCCAGUCCUACUCCAUAGCUUGCACCCUCUGCCAUAGCCCUCAUCCUCUGCACCAUAAUCUCCAUUACAAUCCCAAACCCCCACCCACACUCUGAACUUCUCAUCUCCAGCCCCACACCAGAAUCCCUGGAAUCACACCAGGGUUCAGUUUGGCCCUGUAUCUAUUACAUUAGCUUAUAAAGCAAAUGAUAGUGAAGAUUGCUAUGUAUAGACACAAAAUUCAAGCUGAAAUAGAGAUAACCGCUUUAGAUUAUUACUAGAAAAGCAACAUUAUGGACAAUACCAUUCUUGGAACUGAGAAAUCUUUUUUGUUGUUUUAGAGUCUACAGAGAGGAGAUGUUGCAAACAAUUCAGCUUUAAUAUCAAGGAACAAAGCUUGUUCAACCUAUAUUUUCUGUACUGUUGAUGAGCAUUUAUGUUCUUGUAUACUAAAUGCUAAUUGUAAAACCUAGCAGGUACAGAGACCUAGAGGGGAAGAUCGAGAACUGAACCAAAGCAAAACCAUGUAUAUAUUCUCACUGUAAAACUUCUCAACCCAAUUCUUAAUAUAAUAUUAAAAUGAGCACUAGCUCUUUAAGAGGUUGUCUGAACACUGUCUCCAGUUACUAAUUAUCCUAACAGUGAGUGGUUAAGUGGGCUGUCAGUCUGUAUGACAUCACUGAAUAACAUCCAUUCCUAAUGCAGUGAUCCACCUGAACCCUGAGUGAGAUUGUUGUAGGCAGCUAAAGAAGGUAGUUUCAGAAAGCUUCUAUUUGUACAAGUAGUUGGCGAAAACAAUGCAGUCCUUGGACUCAGAGAAAGGUUUAGUUAAGUUCAGCCAUUGUAAGAAGGACAUAUUUUGCUCCUGCGUGCCCGAGCUCUGCCCUAUUUGUGGGCAGAGUCUAAACUUCAGGAGAUUAGAAGAUGCACCUGUCAGCAUUCCUAGCCCUUUUGUCAACGGACAUAGGCAGAAAUGUUCAUUUUUACUUACACCUACUACAGGAACAUUUCUUAGAGGAUACAAUGGAAGCUCUGAUCUCCAUGUCGGAAUAACCAAUACUAACGGUUUGGUGUAUAAUUACAAUGAAACGGGGGUUCAUAGAGUUGAACAUGGGUGGGAACAAUGCAUUAGUAUUUUACUAGUGCAGCCAGACAUGUAUGGACUGCUUAACCAGUGGGAUAAGUACCUAGAAGAAUUCUCUACUGGAGAGGCCUGGUUUUUUCACAGGUAUGAUGAACACCACCACAACUGUUACACCUACGCGCUAACAUUUAUUAAUUGUGUUUUGGCUGCACAAGGUAAGCAGCCAACAAGUAAAAGUGAAUUCACAGAAAGAUUUGUGAUACCACAGACAAGGAAAGCUUCCAAGUAUAUCACUCUGUACCAGGAGGUAGCAGAAAAUUAUUUCUACAUUAGUGACAGCCCUGAUCAAGAAAAGAACAAUUCUGAAGAGGACAAACUGUUACCUUAAAACAAUCCUAUUAUGCAAUGAAAACAGAUCUACAGAUAGGAAGCCUUUGGAUCCAAGUUUCUCCUUCUUCUACCUGACAUGCACUCCUGCAGUAUUUGAACACACACUAGAACUCUGAUACAUCACAGAAGAGGAUCAUCCUUUUCACAUCUCUCUUGAGGUAUUAACAGGAGACAAGCUAACAAUCUGUAAAUAUGAUUGAGAAGAAAAAGACUUGCACAAGAGUGUUCUGGGAUUCAUAGAACCAUAAAGCUGGAAGAGACUUCAGAAGGUCAUCAAGUCCAGCCCCUGCUCUAGGCAAGACCAAUUCCAACUAAAUUAACCCGGCCAGGGCUUUGUCAAGCCGAGACUUAAACACCUC